GAAGCUUUUGAGCAAAAACCCACGCCGCUUAUUAAACCCGCUCUAAACCCAUUAGUGGCCAGACGGCUCAAAUCCCAGUGCAGUGCGGCUGUGCGGGUGGUCGGCGAGUGGUGGACGCCGGCCGACGUCCGACGUUGCUAAUUCGAGGAGGAGGUCGUGGUGGUGGGGGCACCUCGGCCAUUCAAGUCAAUUCUAUCAAGAUGAGUGCCAUGGUGCCGUUGCCGGAACAAUUCAGAGAUGUAUCAGUAAAUCUAGUGACUGCCUCUGGAAAUGAAAAAUGUCCUAUUUCUCAGCAUGUUUUCCCACCACAGUUCCGUUAUCUGCAAGUCCAUGGCAAUCAUGUUAAUCUGCUUUCUGCUCCGCCUGUGACAUUUGGUCCAAGACAGCUUCAUGCCAUUCCUGCUGGAGACAUUCUUGAGGGUGUUGUUUUACCUACUACUAGCUUUGAUGCUGGAAAAGAUAUCAGUGGUUUUCAAACAUAUAAUGCAUAUGACAAUUCAAGAUUUUCAGACAAUCCUCUUCUGAAUCGAUUGAACAACUCGUCUAUUCCUGAUAUUGGUUCUUCCAGAGUUAACCAAGCUGUGCCUGCACCCACUAGCAUCAAUACUGAAACUGCAAGUGAUUUCUCAAAGGUUUUGUGCCCUAUUGAAAGUGAUGAUCCUGUUGAGGAUAUGGUAUUCCCAAUGAGUUGUACUUCAAUACAACAAAAGCCAGAUGAUGAUAGUGAUAAUUCUGCUGAGCCUAAUUCAAAGGUCAUGUUCUCUUCAAGGGAAGCCAGAGCUCAAGCUGCUGCAAGUAGAAGGCUCCACAGAGCCAGAGUUACUGCAGGAAUCAAAGCAUUGCAAAAUUGCAUACCAUCUUCCGACAAGUGCAAUAGAGAAUCUGCACUGGAUGACAUCAUUGACUAUAUCAAGUUUUUGAAACUUCAGCUUAAGUGCGAGGAAUGAGAUCCAUGCUUCAGAAUCACAUCUGAUUGAUUGUAUAGAAAUUUUGUUAAUUGGGAAGUUUUGAGGCAUUUGGUUUCUCUUUUCGGCACAGGUGAUGUCCAGAAUAUAAAGCAUUUACCUUGCU